AUGCUCACCCGGGUCAAGUCCGUCGUGGCCGGGUUCAUGGGUGGAAUCAUGUCCGGGGGCAGCUCCGGUGGAGGCGGGAAUCCUGGCUCCGAGAUGCCGCUGAAAUUCCCGUAUAUGAGACCCGAGUUCCUCGGACUGUCCCCGGAUGAGAUCGAGUGCUCCGCGGACCACAUCGCUCGGCCCAUCCUCAUCCUGAAGGAAACCAGGAGAUUACCGUGGGCCACCGGAUACGCUGAGGUGAUUAAUGCUGGUAAGAGUGCGCUGAACGAGGACCAGGCCUGCUGUGAGGUGGUGGUGGCCAGGAAGAGGCCGAUGAGCUACUGCCCCCCUUCAACGCCCAGCAAGACCCCAACGGCCAAGAGACGCAACUCGCUGCCCAACGGAGAAGGUCUGGGGCUGCGAAUGGAGCACAGCAAGCUGGGGGAGGAUGGUGAAGGCCUCGUCUUCCACUACUGGGCGUUGUUCGACGGUCACGCUGGUUCAGGCGCCGCGGUCGUCGCCGCCCGCCUGCUGCAGCAUCACAUCGCAUGCCAGCUUCAGGCCGUCAUCGAGAUCUUACGCAACCUGGCCUCCCCUCCUCCCACCGUGAUGGGGGAGGAACCCGACAUGAAUCCCUACCUCCAGGGAAACACUCCCGGCCCUCACCGAGCCCUGACCCGGGCCGCCUCCCUGCGAGGGGCCACCGGCGCCCCGGGCUCCCCCUGCAGCACGCCUCCUCCACCCCGCUUCUUCACCGAGAAGAAGAUCCAACACGAGAGCCUGGUGAUCGGAGCCAUAGAGAACGCCUUCAAAGAGAUGGACGCCCAGAUUGAAAGAGAGAAGCAAGUUUAUAACGUCACAGGAGGCUGCACGGCUCUCACUGUGGUUUACCUGCUCGGAAAACUCUACGUUGGGAACGCGGGUGACAGCAGGGCUAUCAUUAUCAGAAACAAUGAGAUCAUUCCCGUGUCAACAGAGUUCACGCCAGAGUCAGAGCGACAGCGACUCCAAUUCCUGGGCUUCAUGCAGCCUCACCUGUUAGGGAAUGAGUUCACGCACCUGGAAUUCCCCCGGAGAGUUCAGAGGAAGGAGGUGGGCAAGAGGAUGCUCUACAGAGACUUCACCAUGAACGGAUGGGCAUACAAGACCAUCGAGGAUGAAGAUCUCAAGUUUCCACUAAUAUACGGUGAAGGGAAAAAGGCGCGCGUGUUGGCCACCAUCGGUGUGACCCGUGGACUCGGUGACCACGACCUCAAAGUCCACGACUCCAACAUCUACAUCAAACCAUUCCUUUCCUGUUGUCCUGAGGUGAAGGUGUAUAACCUGACACAGUAUGAACAUGGUGCUGAUGACGUCCUGGUGAUGGGAACCGAUGGCCUGUGGGACGUCCUUUCUAACCAGGAAGUGGCUGAAGCCGUCACCACCUUUCUGGCCAACUGUGACCCUGAUGACUUGCACAGGUACACGAUGGCUGCACAGGACCUGGUGAUGCGAGCUCGCGGCGUGCUGAGAGAUCGAGGCUGGAGGAUCACCAACGAGCGUCUGGGCUCCGGAGACGACAUCUCCGUCUUCAUCAUACCCCUGAUGUAUGGCAACCGCCAGCCCUGAGGAGCCACCAGACCAGAGAUGCUUCGGUUCAAGGACCUGAAGGGCCUCAACAGGAUUUAUUAGUCCAGAACUCCAAAAAUCCCCCUUUCAGUUUCCUUGGUGCAGUUUCGCCCAUUCAUUUCCUCCGUAAGACGAGGGAAGUCAAGUGGAACGCAAAUUUGUGCUUCAUUUCUCUGUAGGAGUUCAGGAUUGGUCAGCUCAGGGGAACUACAGUCAGCACUGCUUCACUGGUUUGUUUUUGCAAAGGCAAGUCAAGAGAAACAGUAGAUAAUUAAAUUGAAUUCCUAUCAUGAAUCAAAGCUGUCAAGAAUAAUUUGGCCUGUUAAAUGUUAUGCAUGUUGAUGUGAUGGACGCGACUUCUCCUGAACUUCUGCAGAGAUGAUUUAAAAAAGUGAAUGCUUUUCCAAAGAACUGAAGAAAAGCACUCUAACUUUAUUUUUCCAUCCUUGGCUCCUCCUCUUCCUCGACUUUCUUUUAUCCCGUUUCUCUUCUACUAUAUAGUCAACUUGUUUGUUUAAAAAAAAUACCUCCUUCGUCUUGCGGCACAGACCAAGCUGACAGAUCAGCUGUAUUUUCUGUUUUGCCACAGUGUGGCUUUGAAGGAUUGCUGAAGAACAAUUACAUGUUUAAUAAGCAAGUUGAAGAAGUGACAAUAUGGGUGCAAUGAAAAAGAGAUGAAGAGCUGAAGUUAUUCCACCUCAGAGAAGCAAAAAUCCCCAUUUGAGAAAAACUCAUACAAGGAUCUGAUCCUGUGUGGAGCAACAGGUGGGACAUGGUUUGGCAUGAAAAAGACUCAGUCAUGUCAACAUGUUAACAGUAAGAAAAAAAAGUCACUGUGACAACUCAUUUAAUCUAAAAUCAAGUCUUAAAAUGCUUCUAAAGAUCACUUUAAGGCAUUUUAUCUUGACUGGAUGUUUGAUGUACUUACGUGGGUCCUUUUCUUUAAUAAUGUACUUGUGACAUUUGACUUCCCAUAUUUGCCAAGAAUUAGAUGAAAGCAGCUCUUUUGUAUCCGUCCAUUAAAGACAAAGCUACAUACAGAAAAUAGUUAGCUUUAGCUUAGCUUAGCAUAGCAUAAAGACUGGAGGCAGAGAAAAAUGGCUAAUGGCUAAAAAUCUCUCUGUUAAGCUCGCUAAUAACAAAGUUUAAUCUGUAUUCUGAAUACAACAAAGACUGGCUGUUUCCACUCCAUUUGGCCUUUGUGGAAUUCAGAAACUGUUAGCUUAGCAAAUGGUCUCGUGGCUGGGGUAAAUGGCUAAUGGCUAAAAACUUCUCGAAAACCUGCAAAGCUUGCUAAUUAGAUGAUGCUAAAUCUGUCAUUUGAAUACAGUAAAGACUAGCUGUUUCCACUCUAUCUGGUCUUUUUGGGAAUUCAGAAACCUUUAGCGCAGCUUAGCAUAGCAUAAGGAAGGAAUGGGGAAUUGGCUGAUGGCUAAAAAGCUCUCCAAAACCUGUAAAGUUUGCUUAUUGAAAUAUGUUAUAUUUGUUUUUGAACACUGCAAAGUCUAGCUAUUUCUGUUCUAUUUGGUAUUUAUGGGAAUUCAGAAACCAUUCGCUUCGCAUAAAGACUGCAGGCAGAAGGAAACUGCUAAAGGCUAAAAAACUUCCAAAAAUGUGAAAGCUUGCUAAUUACAUGAAGUUACAUCUGUAUUGGAAAUACAGUAUUGCCUAGCUGUUUCUGUUCUAUCUGGUCUUUAUGGAAUUAAGAAACUGUUCCCAUAGCUUAACAUAAAGAAUGGGGUAGGAGGAAAUGGCUAAUAGCUAAAAGCCUCUGUAAAACCUGUAAAGCUUGCUAAUUACUCGAAGUUGAAUCUGUGUUUUACAGAUUCAAAUACAGCAAAGAGAAUACAGCAAAACCUAGCCGUUUCGGCUCCAUAAUGUCUUUAUGGGAAUUCUGAAACUGCUAGCUUAGCUUAGCAUAAAGACUGGAGGCAAGAGGAAAUGGUCACUGGCUACAAAGCUCUCUAAAACUUGUUAAUUACAUGAAGUUAAAUCUGUAUUUUCAAUACAGCAAAGCCUAGCUAUUUCAGUUCUAUAUUGUCUUUACAGGAAUUUAGAAGCAGUUAGCUUAGUUUACUUUAGCUUAGCAUAAAGACUGGAGGCAGGGGGAAAUGGCUAAUGGCUAAAAACAUCUCUAAAACCUGUAAAGCUUGCUAAUUACUUGGACUUAACUUUUAAAUAUAGCUUUUUCUGUUAUAUCUGGUCUUUAAGGGAACUUAAGGUGUAGCUACGAAUUAACAGAUACAAUGAGAGACUGUAAUAAUACUUAUAAAUUGCAAACUGAGAACCACAUAAUUUGUAGAAACCUACCAAAUUUCUUUAAAACAUGGAAAAAUAACCAUUAAUAAAACUGAACAUUAGAUUAAAUGACUUGCACAUCAGUUUGCACUUUAGGCUAAUAACUCACGGAGGAGCCAUGAUAUGGAAGACUGAACAGGUAAAUAUUCCCUGCAGCAGGGAGGAUUUUAUUAGAUGCAUAAAAAUCAAGAAACACAAUCAAAGUCAAGCUGAUGUAAAAAGAAAACGAAGGCUUUCUUUUGCUUUUAACAUGUUUUGCAUGUUUCAUAAGCUUGAUGCUAUGUUCAGAGGGACGGGUUUGGAGGUGAAGUGUGGAUGUAGUUACUUACUGUGUCGGUGCAUGCAGUAACAUGUUCUGGGCCUGGGAUUAUGAGCAACGGUGCAAUGGUUUAAACUGCUGUUUGUUUUGUAUGGACUGAAUUUGUAUUUAUGUAAUGUAUCAGAGAACUGGUGAUGAUGUUAUUUGUUUGUAAAUGUGCAAGAAAAAAAACAUGCAUAUAUUUAUAAGGUUGUUUUCCCCCUCAAGAGUUAUUAGCAUCCCCGAUAAUUAGCAGAAGGGAGCUAAAGGAUGAGAUUAAGCAUGAGCGAAGGGAAUGAAAUAACAGUGCUAAUGGCCAUAUGCGAAACCAAAUCAUGUGCUGUUUUUGCACGAUUUUGUCAUCUUUUUGAGUUUAUUCACUGGACUCUAGAAAGAGCAGCGAUGUCAAUUGUUUAGUUGGCCGGGUCACAUCGGGUUUAGAUGCAGGAGAUGUGAAGAACUAUCAAAAGAAGGAUCAAAAGAAAGUUCAUUUUUGAGAAGCUCGAUUCCAAGCUGACGAAAAAAAAUUAUUGCACUUGAAACAAACUGCAUGGUUUGAAGGAAUUCUUGACCUUGACUGAAAAAAACAACAGGGAUAUCCUAGAAUAUUUGAUGUAGAGUUUUAGAGUUACAUAGGUUUACUCAAGGCUUGACUGCAAAGUGGGAAUAUGUCUCCCAACUUUGUAAAACAAGACGUUACGGUGAUUAAUUGAAGCCAAGAGGUAGCAUUGCCAGGAUGAGAAAGCCAUUGAAAAAAAGAAGAAACAAAGUUCAAUAUUCUGGGAAUUAUUCUUGUUCUUUCCCAGAGUUAGAUGAAAAAAUUGAUACCACUCAUGUCUUAAUGGUAAAUAAGACGCUACAGCUAGCAGCCAGCUAUCUUAGCUUAGCACUGAGGAAACGGCUAACCUCAGUCUGUUUAAACAAGAUCCCGAUAUUGGGGUGUAAAGAAAACAUCCAGUAUCUAUAUAUUUAAGCCAAUUUCAUACGUAUGUGAAAAUACAUAUUUUUUGCAAUUAUCCCUCAAAUUUGGUCAUCUGUGACAAAGAUAUGUAAUGAAGAAAGAAUAUUUUACUGUUAAACAACAAGCUUUACUGUUCAAAUUGACGGUAAAUUUCACCAGGAAUAUGAUAAUCAGAAAUUGGGGUAUUUUUUUGGUUUAUCAUAUUGAAGAAAAUAUCACUGUUAAUGUAUAAUGGUGACAAACUGUAACUUGUGCUGUGCUACUGCUGGGUCAAGGCAUAAAAUUGUGCCUCUGCUACAAACGUUCAGGGAAAACUUUAUGCGUGUCUGGUUGAAACAAGACUUUCACAUUUUAUCUUUUGUGAAUACAGUGACUGGAAUUGCUUAACAAAUUGCCAGUCAUGAACUAAUAAUAUGUGUAACAUUAGCCUAAGUUAGACUGCCAUUGCUGUUAUCGGAACAAUGGACUUCAUUUGCUAACACAUUAGCUUCCACUCAAAUGACAAGCUAUGAAAGUAGCAAAAUAUUGCAUCUCAAGUCAACACUCAACAGAUUCAAUCCACCACCGCUUAUGCUAACUUUUUAAUCCGCUACGGAUACGGACUUUAGUGACAAACUAUAGCCAGCUAGCUGCAUCGCUAACAUGACAAACAGUUGUUAUUUAAUCACAAGUGGUAUUAAAAUUGUCAUUCCAGCACAGAUUAGCUGGUUUCCCAUCUCCGGUUUUAAUGCUAAGCUAAGCUAAGCUAAUGGGCUACUAGCUGUAGCUUUAUAUUAACUCAACAUACACAAGUGUGGCAUCAAUCUUCUCAUCUAACUCCCCUCCACAACGUGAAUAUUACCCAAAAUAUGAAGCUUUUAGUUUUAAGUCACAUGAUAUGUGCCAUGAGCUAUUGUACCAUCGUAGCUUGGACUUUUUUGCAGUUGACAAUUCUUAUCUACAUUCCUCCUACUUGCAGCAGUCAUUUACAUUUACCUGAAGUUCAUAUGGUGCCGUUUUUCCCUGUACAUUCCAUGAAAGACAUUUUUUAGUAUUGUAUUCUAUUAUAUAAAUGUCAUCAUUAUUUUCUGUUAGCAGGUGUUUCAAAUUCAGUUUCUAUUCAAUAAUUCCUUGAAAGCCUGCUUUUAUUUUCCUAUGACUGAUUUAUAUUUGCUUUGUGCUUUGCUUUUAGAGUUUUCUGAUGCCACCCAAGCUUUGUAUUAGCAUGUUUUACAAGUUUUUGAACUGUGAACAUGUUAAGCAACAUCUAAAUGGUGCAUCUUUGAAUGUUCAUCCCUCUGCGUGAUGCUAUAUGAUGUCAUUCAGCCUUUUUCUCUUAGAUGAAUGUGGAAAAAAAUGAUUAUAUGAUUUAUUUUUCUCAUCCUAUUGUGCCACCCAGCUGCUGCACAUCAACUCAGGUUCAACUAUCGUGUAGAGAAGUGGUUUUCUAAAGGCCGGGAGUCCUCCAUGAUGGUUUAUUAAUUCCACUACAUUUGUAAAUGCGUGGGAGCGGAUUGUGAAGGAAGCUCUUAGACUUGAACGUUUACUUUGUCCCUUCAGCUCGACUGUAGGUUUCUCUUUUUGAAGUAUUGUGCGCGUCAUCAUUGCUGUUGUUUUUUUUCUACCUUAGACUACAAGGUUUGUGAAAAUGCGAUGGAAAGCGAUGGGAGGAUUUUUUCUGUAGCAAAGAGGAAAAUUGGCAGCAUUUUUAAGUGAUCAUUGUGCUACCCUCGACCUCCAUGUUUGUGAAUGUGAAAUGUACAUUUUAUAUACCGCAAAAGAUAACUUAAGGAAGAAAUAUUUUUAAUGUUUCCUUGUGCAACUUUGAGGGAUGGUGGGGAACCAAUAUUUACCUUCAAUGUUUCUUAUCCAGAAAUGAAAAAAACAUGAAUAAAUGUUCAAGAUAAAUGUAAACAAAAAAAAAGGAAAAGGGUAGUUUGUCUCAUUAAAAAAAAUCUAAAAUUGAAUGUCAAGUACAACUUAUGCUCAACAUGUAAGUGCCCAAAAUCGAUAGUUUCCCCAAAUCUUUUCCGGUCUCAGUCCAAAUCAAUCUCAAGAAGCAAGAAACAAAAGAGAAGCACAGAAGAGCUGAUCAAUAUUGUUGCUGCCUCUAUUCCCUGGGUUCUCCUUGUGGGUAGCAGAAACUAACAAACAGGGUCAACUGGCCUCCAAAAGACUAGUUGGACUCUGUGAGUGGACAGCAGAGGGAUUUAUUAGUGGAACAACGGAGUGCCAGCUGAAUCUCAAACAUUUUGCUGGAAGCACUGACAGAGAUGAGGCCUUUCCUACAACAAACUAAACACAGUGAAUUUCAGAGAUGGUUCUUAAUGAUGAUGAGGUUUUCCUGGUUAACAGCUAUUAUCCCAAUGUGACCUACAAAAUCACAGAGGAAAUGUGGAGAGAAACAAUGAACAAUGACCAGUUGCUAACAUGUGAUAACUGCCUUAAUGCAAAACUACAUGUUUACUUUAAGAGACUGAAUGAAAAUAUUGAGUUGGAGCAUUGCAGAGGAAGAGCUACACAUCAUGUUUCAUUGUUUUGCCUUGGAAAGUUGCCACAAAUUCUCUGAAGUACCUCAUUGUAAUACAUCACAUUUGAUUGGUACAAUUCACUUUGGCAUUCAACUGAAUUUACAAUGGUGUACUCCAAUUUAAACCCUGUGCAUGCAACCCGGUCGGCCAAAAAUUAAACUCUACACAACUAAUUUGCACCAUUAA